AUGGCUCAUUAAGAUCUAUACAAAAGUCAAGGAGAUGAAAUAUUCCAACAUCUUGAGCGAAAUGCUAAUAUCUACCUUUAAACUUAGAACUAGCAUAUCUAAUGUUAAAAUUAUUUGGAUAAUCUAACACCUAAAUUAAUUACUCCAAACAUUCCAGAGAUUUCAAGUCUAAAGGAAAUUAAGUUAGUCAACUCCCUUGCUUAAACUGGGGAUGGAUAAAUUUACUCAGUUAAAUUGAUAUGUCAGAAUUGCAAAAAAUAAGUAAUUAUAUUGCUUUAUCUUCUUUAAAGAUUCAGACUAAACUUCAAAGAAGAGUUGGAAAAGGCACAUACACAGUUUCAUGUCUCUUACUUCUAUGUUCCUUUGGAAUUUUGUGUCUAGCCUGUCUACCUUGCUAUAUGGAUGAUUGCAAGGAUAUCGUCCAUAUUUGUCCAGAUUGCCAUCAUCCAAAUGGAUCAACACCAUACUAAUUUUUCGAAUGA